AUGAAGGCAAUGCUGAUUGUUUUUGUGCUUCUGUCCAGAAGCCCGAUAUUCGCUCAGGAUACCAGAGGUUUGAACUCCAACAUAACAGAACCGGUUGUUUCUGAAUCUGGUAGAACAGACACCUCUCUUCAGAAUGAGGUCAACGGACUGACUUGUCCCUUGAACCUGUGUGCUGCACUGCUGAAGGAACAGGGGACAAAUGAGGAAAAAUUAAAGGCCACAGAGACACGACUGGUGGCACUUGAAACCAGUCUACAAGAGCUGAUGACCAGACUUGCAAUUAGUGAAGGUCAGAUUGAGCAACUCAAAAGGGUAAACAGAGACAAACCAAAAGUUGCAUUUUCAGCAGCAGUAGGAGGACAUGGUUACAUUGGACCAUUUAACACACAUACAACAUUGGUUUACAAGAAUGUCUUCAUUAAUAUUGGUGGUGCCUACAACAAUGCUACAGGUAUUUUCACAGCACCGGUAAAAGGAGUGUACUAUUUCAGUAUCUUCUAUCAUUGUGCAGUUCAGCAUGCAACAACAUUAUCUAUGUAUAGAAAUGGGCAGCUAGCAGCAACAACACAUAAUGAUGCGGGUGAAGGUGUUCAAGAGAACGGAGGCAUCGGACUCACGCUUCUGUUAGAGAGAGGGGAGCAUGUCUAUAUUGUGCUCGGGGCAAACACAUGGAUCUGGGAUGGAGUAAAUAUCAACACUGUAUUCACUGGCUUUCUUCUAAAUGAACUGUAAACUAAAAGACACUGAGAGCAACACAACAGUUAUAGAGGGUUUACUCUACAUGUUAACCAUAUAAAGCCUGACAGUUUUUUUUUUUAGCUUAUUUAUGGAACCAACAGACAAAAAUAUCAAAAUUAAAAACAUGCUUUUUUAUAUAUUUGAUCUUGUAGUAUCAUAUUUGAUACAUCAGGCUUUAUUCAUUUAUAUUAAAUUCUUACUAUGUCAAUUUAAUUUGCAAUAACAAAAUGUGUCAACCCCACUUGAGUGAAUGCCAUUAUUUUUUGAAUGCUAAUAAAUAAAGACAUUGAUCCUCAAAAAACUGUGGCCACAACCAUUAAUGGUGACAAUGCGGUAUCUGUACACUGUAAAAAAUGUCUGUAAUUUUAACGGUAAAAGACUGUAAAAAUGCUAAUUGGUAAACGGGCAGUUACCUGGUAAAAAGUACAAUAUAUUUAAAAAGAUACAGUACAAUGUUGCAAAAAUUUCAUUUUUUACAUGUAUAAAGUAUGAUUAAUGGUAGAACUGAUAAGACAACCAAUGCAACGAUAGGACAGAACUAAUAAACAAGAUAACAAAACAAUAAACAAAUGAACCAAUGAAAAGACAAGACUAAUUAAACCAAAGACAAACAACAUUUUACGGUUUACUACUUUAAACAUCACACUUCAGAAGCUUAUUCUUCAGUGACUUCACUCUUGCAGUUCACUGAGAGCCAAGGUGCAUGAAUCAAUUCUGAAAAACCUCAAAGGUGUAUUUAGCUCUUUGAGGUACUCAAUGCAAUGUUAAGCGCAUAAAUCAGACCAAAGAGUAAGGCAUUUGGCAGAUCAUCAGCAUCAUCAAGCACAAUUUGCUCUUCCACCACAACAGAUAUGCUCCUUAUGUUUGGCUUGGAGUUUACUGUUGCCACAUCAUCUUCAUACCAACUUUGAGCCCCUUCGUUCAGGUUUCCUCCUGAUCUGUCUCGUAUAUACACAACAAAUUGUUCUAAAUAGGCAAAAAAAUCAUAUUUAUCCUACUCAUUUUGUUCCCAUGUUUGUGACCAACAGCGUGGGGAAAACAAUGGCAGUGAAUGGAACAAAAACCCAUGAAACGAUAAAAAAAAAUGUCAAUAAUUGCUUUUGAUCCAUGCCAAGUCUCAGGAAACAUUUAUACUGGUAUGAAGUCAGCACAAAUAGUGCCAAAUUGGACUUUCGCUGACAUUUACAUAUAUUUUUCAGGGUUUGUUCAACAGAUGAUGUGAGACUGAUGUCUGACUGGUGAGUAAACAACAAGUAUUCCAACUACUGUUUUACUUUUGUCAUGCAUUAAAAUCUUUCUCUUUUAGGUGGUGUGAAUAAGGUAUAUGCUUCAUUUGUGUAUGACAUGAUUAUUGACUAACAAUUGUAUGAACA